GUUAUAUGCGAGGAACAUUGCACUUGGCACGAUAUGAUAAAAGGGAGAAUAAGAAAUCUUUUUGAGGAAAAGCAGCAGCCUUGGUUUCUUUUCCAAUUAAUUCAGAGAAGAGUAAGAACUACACUAGAGACUAAACUGAGUCAGCUUCUUUUGAACCCCCUCGUGGUUUUGUGGAGAAUGCUUGAGUGAAGAAGAGGUAACUCAGUUGAGCAGAUAUGACUUGAGAGCUGGGAUCGCUGUUCAGCAACGACUGUGCACGGACAAUGAGGCAAGAACUGUUCAAAUUGACUGACAUUGUUUGUUUACUUACCACUGUAGUAUCAAUAUGGAUAAGGAAAAGUAGUGUAUAGUAUCCAAUUGCAGCCUGCUAGAUAAGGAAAGAACACCUUUGAAACUGAAGCCUCUGCUCCUCUUGGCACCUACCGCACCAAGUUGAUACUACAGUGGACAACGCCAAGUUGUCUGAGCAGUUCAGAAAGAACAACUUUGACGAUGACAUGAACUCUUUUCCAACGCAAGUUGGCUGGGCAGUUCAGUCUCCUUUCCGGCGCCAAGCAAAGCAAGCUACCACGUGUGUAGAUAAAUACAGUAAUCUAAUCUAGUAGACGCAAUGAUCCGACAUGGCAUGCACUCUGGAGACCGGAGACCGGCGAAUGAGUGGCUGCAUGCACUCUGGCCACCUCCUGCUGCGUCGAAAUUUCCGGCCUUGCAGAGUCGUGGACUAGUAUGCAUAGGCAGGCGGCGCACGCACGUGUUGGUGAGAUUUGAAUGUUAGCCAGCCAAUGGAUGGAUCCCGUCCAAGUUGAACCUGCUAUAUAAACCUCCGCGGCAGCACAACACAGCAGCAGCAGCAGCCAAAGCCUGUGGCGAGCAAAGAAAAAGUUCAGAGAGGAUAGCUAGGUGAUUCCUUCACAGACCACUUCCGCUUCCAACAAAUCCAUCACCUCGUCCGCGUCAUGGACGUCUUGGAGAGAGGCGAACGCGCGCCGCUCCUGCAGAGUCACGGCCCAAAGGUUCAGGAGGAUGAUAGCCUGCAGGUGCCGCUCCUGAAGCACAAGAAGCGGGGCGGCAGCAAGGCACCAGCAGUUAUUCUAUUGUUCGAAUGUCUAGAGAGCACGGCGUUCAAUGGCAUCUCCACCAACCUGGUGGUGUACCUGGAGACCGUCCUCCACGGCAGCAACCUCGCCAGCGCCUCCAACGUCGCCACCUGGUUCGGCACCAGCUACCUCACCCCCGUCUUCGGCGCCAUCAUCGCCGACUCCUUCUGGGGCAACUACAACACCAUCCUCGUCUCCCUCGUCGUCUACCUUCUCGGCAUGAUGCUCGUCACCUUCUCCGCCUUCGUGCCCACCACCACGGCGGCGCUGUGCGCGGCGGGCGCGUCGUGCGCCGGCACCGCCGGCACGUGGGGGCUGAGCUCGCAGACCGUGGCUUUCGUGGGGCUGUACCUCGUGGCGAUCGGGUGCGGCGGGGUGCGCUCGUCGCUGCUGCCGUUCGGAGCGGAGCAGUUCGACGACGACAGCGCGGCGGACCGGGAGGGCAAGGCGUCCUUCUUCAGCUGGUUCUACCUCUGCGUGAGCUUCGGCCCCAUCAUCUCCGGCGUGUUUCUCGUCUGGAUCCAGCAGAACAUCAGCUGGGGCCUCGGCUUCGGCAUCGCCACCGCCUGCAUCGCGCUCGCCUUCACCGCCUUCGUGCUCGCCACGCCCAUGUACAAGCGCCGCAUGCCCGCAGGCACGCCGCUCAAGAGCCUCUGCCAGGUCGUCGCCGCCGCGUGCAAGAAAAUCAGCAUCAAGGUGCCCGCCGAAGCCGAACACCUCUACGAGGUCAGUGACAAGAUCGACUCACCCCAGCCUAAGAUCGCGCACACCAGCGACUUCAAGUUCCUCGACAAGGCGGCCAUCGUCACAGAGUCGGACAUGGAGGAGAGGCCGGAGGCGGCGACCUCGUGGAAGCUCUGCACCGUGACUCAGGUGGAGGAGCUCAAGAUCCUUCUGCGGCUGCUGCCCGUCUGGAUCACCAGCGUCAUCGUGUCAUCGGCCUACUCGCAGAUGAACACCACGUUCGUGCAGCAGGGCAGUGCCAUGGAAAUGACCAUCCUGUCGAUGCCCGUGCCCGCGGCGUCGCUGGUCUCGUUCGAGGUGAUAUGCGUCCUGACAUGGGUGCUCCUCUACAACAAGGUGAUCGUGCCAGCGUUGAGGAGCUUCUCCUCGAGCGGCGACGGCGAGCCGUCACAGCUGCAGCGGAUGGGCGCGGGGCGGCUCCUCAUGGCGCUCACCAUGGCGGUGGCGGCGCUCGUGGAAAUGAAGCGGCUCGACAGCGCGGCGCGCGGGGAGGAGAUCAGCAUCGCGUGGCAGCUGCCGCAGUACUUCUUCCUGGCCGGCGGAGAGGUGUUCUGCUACAUCGCGCAGCUGGAGUUCUUCUUCGGCGAGGCGCCGGACACCAUGAAAAGCAUGUGCACGUCGCUCGCUCUGCUCACCAUCGCGCUGGGGAGCUACAUGAGCUCCUUCAUCUACGCCAUCGUGGAGGCCUUCACGGCGACGGGAGACAGCCCCGGGUGGAUCUCCGACGACCUCAACAAGGGCCACCUCGACUACUUCUUCUGGGCCAUGGCUGCAAUGUGCACGCUCAACUUCGUCGUGUACAGCGGCAUCGUCAAGAACUACAGGCUCAAGACGGUCAUAUCGUGAUCGCUCGCGCAAGGAUUCAAAGAUUCCAUUACAUUCUAUACAUACAUUACACAGGAAAGAGUAAUUAGGAGUAGCCAGGUACCCUUUUUUUAGAAACUUGUAGCCAGGUACAUAUAUAUACACAAGAAACACCAGGAAGAAAAUGUAAGAUAUAGAAUUUUGUUUUCAGUCUUGCUAAGUCUCAGUCGACUUCGUUAAGUCUCAGUUGAUACUAUAUCCAUAAGUUUUACAUUGAUCCGUGUAAUAUUUUUUCAAUUUUUCUUCUC